AUGUCUAGCUCCCCGACGGCCUCGGGGUCCACCCCACCACGGCGUCCCGCCAAGCGAGCAGGACGCGGAGGCGCGGUCCCCGCCAGUGAUGAGCAGCAGCAGGCGGCACUGAGACGCGAUCCGGCCAUCGCAAAGGCGUUGCAGUUGUCGACGUUUGAGGAGGACUACUCGACAGAAGACUUUGUGGGGACACUGAGCGAAAAGCUCAUUACCCAGAGCAAGGCGGAGGCAGGUCCCUUCAACCCGGCGCCGUUUAUGCAGACCUUUUCGCCCGCGCUUGACGCGCUUCUUGCUCUCCGUGCGCAGGUCGCGGAACAGACCAAGACGAUGGAGGGAGAUGUGCGUCUCGCAAACCGCGAGUAUGGCAAGCGGUUGCGCGAACUGGACGGUGGUUUUGAAGCCGUUGGUAGCUCGUUCUCAAACCUCGAGAGCAAGAUUAGCGAAGUGGGACGCACAGCGGCGCGUAUCGGCGAGCAACUCGAGAGCCUGCAUCAGAAGCGCAGUACCGCACAAGCGACAUCGUUGAUUGUGUCAUAUUACCUCUCGCUCGUGCACCAGACCAGCACGACUGGCGAGGAGCCGUCCCCACUUGACGCGCUUUACGCGACAAGGACAAGUCGCGAUGGACGAGCGCGUAUCGCUGUCGUCCUCCGCCGCCUGAUGAGCGUGGCAAAGGACAUGGCCGACAGCGCUGCUCUGGUUCUCGCGGACGCCGAGGCGAUCGAUGCCAAAGAGGGAGGAGGCACACAUACCCAGCUCCAUCGCAACGUUCUCUACCGCCGAGGCCAGCAGGAAAAAGCCGACCGUGUGCGCGACGAGGUCCAAAAGUACUGCGACAUGUUUGAGCUCGAUGUGCGUUCCAUCUUUGACAAGGCGUACAAGCGGGGCGAGCCAAGGAUGAUGGCGCAUUGCGCCCAGGUGUUGCAAGACUUCAACGGUGGAAGCUCGAUUAUCCAGAUCUACGUCAACCAGCACGACUUUUUUAUCUCAAAGGACAAGCUCCUCGAAGAGGCCGGGACAAAGGGUGCAGACGAUUUCUGGAAGAACAUUGGCGACCCGGACGUCCCGCCACCAACAUCCGAGCCAGGUCUCGAGGCCCUCUUCAAGGAGAUUCGCGAGACGGCAAGCCAAGAGGCACAGAUUGUCCGCGCCGUCUUCCCCAACCCCAUCGCUGUCAUGCAAGUGUUCCUGCAGCGCGUGUUCGCCCAGGUCGUUCAGCAACACAUCGAAAUGCUCGUCUCGCGCGCCGCCGCCCUCUCGACGCUGGCGUCAUUGCGCAUCCUCCACCUCUCGCACACCAUGUGCACCACCCUUGUCGAGGACCUCAAGACGUACGACGUUACGCUCGGUGGACCUGGCGUUGGCUCGUCCAGCAAGCUGGAUGUAAACUCGGGCGGGCCGUUGUCCACUCUCCUGGACCAGAGUCUCGAGGAGAUGUACGUCCCCUGGCUCGAAGGCUCGCGCUACCUCGACAGCGAGAGCAAGAACCUUGCCGAACUGUAUGGUGGCCUUUUGAGUCGCUUCACACGCUACCACGAGACAGUGCUCAAGGCAAAGCCAAACUCGCUCCUCGACCGCGUAGUCAACUCGAUGUCGACCUCGGCGCCAAACGCUGUGGCUCCCACCUCCACCGCACACGCCGCAGCUGCCGCCGCGCGCAAGUAUGCCAACCUGUUUACCACCUCGGUCAACACUGCGGCCACCUCGGCCUUCUCCAGUGGGCCAGGAAGCCGGCCCACAGCACCGGCACGGUCGACGGCACGCCUCAGCAUCCAGUCGCCGCAGUCCCUCUCCCGCUCCGACAGCCAGAACCGCACGACCGACGGCCCGGUCGAAGAAAAGAUGUUCCCUGCCGAUGGUCUUGUGACAAUCCCCAUGGCCGAGCGCAUGCUCCGAUGGCACGCCGAGGCCGUGGGCCGUGUGGUCGAGCUUAGCCCCAGUGCGGAUGUGGCCAAGAACAUCUCCGCGCUGUCCAACGUCCUCGCCGAGGCCGUCGGUCGCUCGUUUAUUGAGACUGCCCUCGAUUCUGCGCUCGCACGGCUUGACCAGUCGGACGCCAGGACCGAGCCCGACUUGACCAUCCUCCAGGUUUUGCGCCCAGCCGACCUCGUGUGCCACUUGUGGCAGCGGUACGCCAACACUGCACUUGUCCCCCUCACCUCGUCCAACGCGGCGAUGCGUCGCGAGGUGACCACGUUCAACCAGCACAACGUCGUGCGCAUGGAGGGCAAGAUCAACUCUGUCAUCCAAAAGGCAAUUGACACGCUUGUGGUGUGGCUCAGCUUCUUGCUCGCAAAGCAAAAGCGCAACGACUACAAGCCAAAGGACGACGUCAUGUCGUUUACGCGCACCAACACGGAACCAUGCGAGCUGUGUGUGGAAUUCCUCGGCUCGGUGCAGGACACUGUGGGCGAGAACAUGAGCGGCAAAAACAGCGAGCAUUUCCUCACCGAAAUUGGUGUUGCGUUCCACUCGCUCCUCCUCGACCACUACAAAAAGUUCCCAGUCAACCCCACAGGUGGUCUCAUGCUCACCACCGAUAUUGCGGCGUACCAAGAGGCCAUCAAAGAGUUUGGUAUUCCGGCCCUCAACGACCGCUUCGAAAUGCUCCGCCAGCUGGGCAACUCGUUUGUCGUCCAGCCCCAGAUCUUGAGGAGCUACAUGACCGAAUCGCACUUGGGCCGCAUCGACGCCCGCUUGCUCAGGCCGUACCUCCAGCAACGCUCCGACUGGUCCCAGUUCUCGCGCUCACUCGCCCUCGACGACGGCGUAGACGACACACCCGUCUCGGGCACCGCCACCCCGGCCUCGUCCAUGCUCCAGCUGCGAGCCAGUAAGCGCCUGAGCGCAAUGUCCGGCGUGGCGGGCGCGGGGUAUGCGCGCCUCCGCGAGGCAUUGCGUGACUUUGAAACUCUUACUGAUAGUGAGAAGAAGAUCAGCAGCAGCAGCAGCAGCUUCGGUACGGCUACAGGGAACGGCAACGCCGCGGGCACCGCCCCGCCUAGUGCGUUUGGCAGUCGCGCAGCCUCGGGCAACACGACGCCGGCACCGCAGGCGCCACCCCGCAAGCACUACCCCCCGCCCAUGUCGGGGAUGAUGUACAUGUCCGGAAUGCACUGA